UCUCACCUUUGUCGUCUUAUUCAGAUGUACAAACUCUUUACGCCUCUUUACAUGCUUGACAACAUUAGCCUUAUCUUGCUGCAAGAAAUAUUUCGUACGUUGUUUUCUAAUUCAUAACAGCGUGAAGACGUAUGUCACAUAGGCUAAUGUUUUGUGACGCAUUGGUUGGGAGGAGUCAAAAAUAAAUAAAGCGACAAAAAUGGGUAACGUUGUAGAACGGGAAGUGCUUUAUGAAGAGGCUGUCCAUUCGCUCGUCCUUACGUGGAGAGAAGUCUGACGUCGCUGGGAGGAAAAUGUCCUGUUGGUUGUGGAAUGAAACUCUGGAGCUGGCAGAAGAUUACAUCGGUUUCUGCAGCGGAAUCCAACGGACACCUCCCAGCGAGUCAGCUGUAGCGAUGAGACAUCUAGCCAAAGAGCUUGAGCAGCAGCACCGCUCUAAAUUCCAGUCGCUAUCCCAAACAUUCCUGGUUUCCUGCGGAUCCGACCCAAGCAACAGUCUGAGGAGUGUGAUGGAAGAGCUUGUUGGGGAUGGAAAAUUGAACUGGGGAAGGGUGGUUUCCUUAUUCACUUUUACGGGAGUGCUGGCCACUGAACUGUACACCAGGGAAGAGGGCAGAGACUGUUGCCAGAGAUUAGCACACACUAUAGCCGACUACCUGGGAGAGGAAAAGCGCGAUUGGCUGACGGAGAAUAAAGGCUGGGAAGGUUUCUGCAAAUUCUCACGCACUCCCAGAGAGGUCAACCAGGAGUCGUCCAUGAAGACGGCGUUGUUUGCCGCAGCUGGUGUUGGCAUCGCGGGCCUAACCUUUCUGCUUGUGCGCUGAACGAGGUCCAGAUAGCAUUUCUCAUCUGCCAUUAAAGUUUCAUCCCUCCCAGUAGGGUCAUCUUAAAAAGGACCUUAUCUCAUCAGGUGAAUGUUCCAUAUGACUAUUUUACCUUUACUUUUAAAUUAUGACAGAAAAUUAAUUUUACUAGAUGGUGAUUGUAAAAUUGACACAUGGCCUUCUGAAAUAUUUGAAAUUUUACAUAUCUUUACAUAUCUACUGUCAAAGUAUAUUUUGUAAUUGACACACUUGAUGUAGCACAGGUUUCAGUUGUCACCCAUUCACCUCUGUGUUGUGUACUAUCUUAAUGGUCUUGUUUUGGGGUGGGUUUUUCUUUGGAUUAUGUGAUAACUGCAGAAAGAAGAAGCCUCAGUUCUAUUUUCCUUCAUUGACUACCAUUGUUUAAGGGAAUGGAACCAUAGAGAAUUUGAAAAGUAAUAUAUUUAUAUAAAUCGCAAACUCUAGUCAAUUAGCAGACAUCAUAACUUUUAACGUUUUGUUUGCCCAUUUUGACUGAAACACUCUUUUAUAAAUCAUUUCAAGUUUGUCCAUUCUUUCGAAGAACAUAAAAAACUCUGUAAGGUGCUAGCUUACAAGCAUUAAUUCUCUAUUCCACUAAGUGACCAAAAUUUCAAAUUUAUUUAUUUAGCAUUUAAGAACAAAACAUUUCAAUGUCCCAAAAUUUGCAACAAAGUCAUUAUAUUUUUACAUCAUUUUAUUUAUUUAACACUUUCUUAAUAAAAAAGGUACAUAAAAAUUGA